AUGUUUGCUCCUCCAAAAAAGAGUAACACUCAAAGUAUUACAAGUGUAUUAAGAGAUUUAUUUUCAGAAAUGUUUAAAUUACUUUCUAAUAAACCAUAUCUUGAAUAUUUUGGAGAUUUAAAUAAAUCAUUUCAUAAUGCAAUUGAUACUCUGUGUAAAAGAUUUUGGACAAAUAGGCAAGGAGUUGUGGAAAUCUUCAGGAAAUAUAGUGAAUUAGUUUAUAUCAUGCACA